AUGCCUUCUACACGGCCAUGCGCGGCUUUCGAGCCAAUCGCGCCUGACUUCGACCUCAAGAGCCUCGUGGAGUCACAAGCGAACUUUGAAUGGGUGGUGCGCAUACAUUGCGAUAUGAUCGACCACCAAGGCCUCGAGAACUUCGAUAAGCUGGUCCUGAUUCAUGUCAUACUCGGCGGGAAGCCGCUCGUCAUUGAGGGCUAUGAAGGGCGCCUUGACCGAUGGACCUUUGCGCUCCAGUGGCUCCGCGACAACUGCGGCUCAAAGGUCGAGAAUGCGCGAGAUCUCACCAAGAAGACUAACGUCCCGUUGACCAUCGGCCACUACCUGAAUAACAUGGCACUGUUGACAAACCAAUGGACCCCGCAGAACUACAAGGAUCCUGAACGUCAGCGGAUGUAUCUUAAAGAUAUCGACUGUCCACAGCUAUGGCGGGACAAACUGGCAGAGAUCCUUCCGCCUGGCCUCUUCUAUCUGAACGAAUCGACUGGUGACCUUGGUGGAUACGGCGCGAUGGACGAGAACGACUCCGUUCGACCCGGCACGAAGAAAGGCAGAGGCAUUGCCAAAGCGGGCGAUUUGAUGAGUAGCUUGCCCAAUGAGAUGCGCGCCGAAAAUCUCAUGUGUUACGUGGGCCACGAAGGCACUUACACUCCCGCCCAUCGAGAAAUGUGCGCAAGCCUCGGUCAAAACAUUAUGGUGGAGGCAUCUACUGGACUCAUCGAAGAUGGCAGACCGACCGGACCCGGCUCGUCAAUCUGGUUCAUGACGGAAAGUAAAGAGCGAGAAGUCGUCUCUGAGUAUUGGCUCUCGCGGCUCGGCCAUGAUAUUGAAAUUGAGAAUCACUUUGCGCAGGUCAAUGCUUGGAAGAAUGCCCCUUUCAAGGUCUAUAUUGUCGAGCAAAAGCCAGGCGACUUUAUCUUGAUCCCGCCACUCGCUCCACAUCAAGUUUGGAAUCGAGGCACCCGAACCAUGAAGGUCGCUUGGAAUAGAACCACCGUCGAAACGCUGGAGUUGGCACUUCAUGAAGCGCUUCCUCGGGCCAGGAUGGUCUGCCGUGACGAACAAUACAAGAACAAGGCCAUCAUCUACUACACCAUGCAGAAAUACUCGAAGCUUCUCCGUCAUGCGGAAAAGACCAGGCAGAGAUCUGUGGGCCCCAAGCAGAAGGCAUCGCGCGACGCAAAGGUCCGACAACUGGAGAAAGAUUUUCGCAGACUAGAAUUCCUGUUCACGGAGAUACUGGUAUCUGAAAGCUUUUUCCCUGACAAGCCUGAAAAGAAAGUGGAAUUGGUUCCUUACGACAGUAACAUUACCUGUUCAUACUGUCGCUGCAAUAUCUUCAACAGAUUUCUGACCUGCCCGAACUGCGUUGGACAACUGGCAAAUGGAGAUGAAGACACAUACGACAUCUGCAUGGAUUGUUAUGCCAUGGGCAGAAGUUGCGCGUGCAUCUCAAAGCUUAAGUGGGUCGAGCAAUGGUCUUGGGAAGAUUUGACGCAGAAACAUGAGCAGUGGCGACAGCAGAUCCUGCAAUAUGAAGGCAAGAUCACCGAGAAAUCGCCCGUAUCCCUCAAGAUUGAGCUAGGUCGACGCGGGAACAAGAGAACACUGGCGCAAAUUUGUCAGCUUGAAUUGUCAAGGAGGCCAUUCCGCGAUAUUGCACGCCCACCAUCCCCAGCCAAGGGCGACGAAGAGGUCGAAGUAAUAGGGCCAGAUGGCAGCGUCAAGAUCAGGAAAAAGAUCAAGCGUACAGACAAGUUCCUCCGAGAGCAUGCCCGCUGUCACACCGACUCGCAUUGGGAACCGAAGUGGAAGCAGGCCGCGUGUACCCAGUGCGACAAGCGCUACUGUUAUGGCACGCUAUUCCGGAGAUUUGACAUGAUGCCACAAGAUAUUCUUGCCGAUCCAAACUGGACAUGCCCCAGCUGCAAGGAAGUAUGCAGCUGCCGACCCUGCAGACAGAAGGCCGGCUACGAUUACAGACCUUACAGCCCCUCGGGCACUAUGCUGGGUCACAACACGAAAGCGGUCGCAGACCCACGAUCAGUGGAAAGUCUUGUUGACUUCAGCGUGUCCAAUAUUGGCUGGAUCCAGAAGGCAGAUGACGACCAUGGUGACCAGUCCCGCCGACUUAAGAAGCGGCGGAAAGAGGCAGACGCUGCCAAAGCAAAUGAGCCUGAACUGGGCGAAGACUAUGUUGAUGACGAUGCGGACAUGUCUGAUGGUGUAGAAGCAGGUCUUUUACGGCUUGCAGAGCAAGAAGGCUUUGCGAUUGACCCAGCACUGGGGACUGGUGGUGCCCCUACUGGCGCGCCUCCGGGAGACGACGAUGAUUUCGAUGAAAACCCAGAGAGCGCGAGGCGGCCGGGCGAUUUGACUCCUUCACACUCUCCUGCCGCGCUGCCUGAGGGUGGCGUUAUUAGAGACCUCGAGCAUGCCUACGAUCGGACCGAGGCAAUCACCUACGACUACCCUGAUCCGUCAGUCGCUCUGCUCGUCUCUGGCCCUGCCGAGGAAGGACAAACCGCACUGCCGCCGGGCUAUGUACCAGCCAGACCUGAAGAGAGUAUGGAGAUUGAGAUGGUUCGACAGAAGCGCAAACGAGCCAAGACGGAUGACGGCGAUAGGGCUUACAACUACAAGAAACCGAACCCGGAGAAGCAGAAGCAAAGAAAAUCCCUCAUUGUGAAGCUGUCAAUACCGAUAGAGAAGCUGAACGAAAUGGAAAAAACAGCCGAUCUCGCCAGGCGGCCAUUGAAUGGAACCCUUCAAGUGCCGGCACCCGUCAUCGGUUCUGAUUUGCAGGCGCUCAAUGCCGCGGAGGGCAAUCCUCAGGCGGUAGCCAAGAAAGUCAGACGAGAACCAGAGCUUAUUGAGGUGGAACGGGACGACGAGUUCAUGCCCGGAAGAUACCGUGAUCGCAGAAAACGUGCACAAGAUGGAGCUCCGCUGCCGCCACCUGAUACAGAGAUCACUCGACGACAGACGCGCAAGCAUCAGACUCGCUAUGAGGAGCCUUCGGAAGAUGAAUUCAAGGAAAUGCUUGGGCCAAAUGACAGGCGGAACUUGAAAGGCAACACGGCUGCGAAGACAACGCCGAGCAACGUUGUCAGAUCAAGCGACCUUGAACUGGAUUUCGACGAUCCGGAUCUGUCCGAAGAAGAUAUAGGCACAGAUAGCUCCACCUCUAUCCCAGCCAUGGAAAUUGGACAUGGAAGUCCGGAUCCGGCAACGAGAGCAGCCACAAAGGCUCCUGGACUGGCCGAGAGUGGAGUGGAUCGUGCAGUCAGCAAAGAAUCCACAACAGAGGGAAAUGAGAGCUCAUCAUUGAUCACUUCUCCAGCAUUGCCUUCCAAGGAAGCCAACCUAGCGAAGCCAACUUCAACUGGUCCGGCGAAGACUUCCGCUGGGUCCAUGGCCGAGGCACAAGCGAAUCGAAGAGCAAAGAUGGCUUUGAUCGAGUCAAUGGAGUACGACAGUGAUGACCUCGACUAUCCAUGGUCGCAAGACUCGGUCUCCGACGAGCCCGCCACGAAUGGUAGAACGUCCACUGUAUCCCCACCGGCACCGAACAAGCAGUCAGCCACUGACACUCAAAAAUCGAUCAGCGGCUCCGCACGCGUCGAGUUGGUAAAGAAACCCGUCAUCGUCAGUAAUGUAAAGGCGUCGGCCGCGGAUUGGGUUGAUAGUGAUGAUUCAGAUGAUGAUGGCAUGGCAACUCGAGGGGCAUGGGCUUCGGUCAACGGCGGAGUUGCAAGCGCGCGUCGAACGGUCGCCAUGAAGACUACUAAUCACGUCGCCAACGGACCGGUCAAGAGAGGCCGGGGCAGGCCGGCGAAACAUCCAAAGUGA